CAUUCUUUCCAAUGCAUUCGUGUGUCCGGCAUCGUCCUGUGCAGAUCGUUUAUCUUUGUUGUAUUCUCGUGUCUCGAUUAAAAUAUGCGUGAGGUAAUUUCGAUACAGGUAGGACAGGCCGGAUGCCAGAUCGGGAAUGCUUGCUGGCAACUGUUCACCACCGAGCACGGCGUGCAGCCGGACGGAAAGAUGGCCGCUGACAUGCCGAUCGAGGAAAGCAUGGCCGCCUUCUUCCAAGACACUCGCUCCGGCCAGGUGGUGCCGCGGAGCAUUUUUAUCGAUCUGGAAGAGUCCGUGAUCGAUGACAUCGGGAACAGCGCGUACAAGCAGCUCUACCAUCCGGAGUACAUGAUCACAGGCAAAGAGGAUGCGGCGAACAAUUUUGCCCGUGGACACUAUACCGUGGGCAAGCAAAUAAUUGACCGAGUCUCGAACACGAUCCGCAAGCUCUCGGAACAAUGCAGUGGGCUGCAGGGCUUCCUAAUCUUUCACUCGUUCGGUGGUGGAACUGGGUCUGGGUUUACCUCCCUGCUGCUAGAUCACAUCGCACAGGACUUUGGGAAGAAGUGUAAGCUCCAGUUUGCGGUGUACCCGUCACCGAAGAUCUCGACCGCUGUUGUUGAACCGUAUAAUGCGGUGCUGUGUACGCACGGUACCAUGAACACGUCCGACUGUUGCUUCAUCAUGGACAAUGAGGCAACGUAUGAAAUAUGCUCCAAAACGCUGCAGAUUGAUCGACCGCAGUACACCGACCUGAACGCACUGGUGGCACAGGUCGUCUCGUCGGCCACCGCUUCCUUACGCUUCAAGGGCACCAUGAACGUCGAUCUGAACGAGUUCCAGACGAAUCUGGUGCCGUAUCCGCGCGUACACUAUCCACUCGUUUCGUACGCUCCGCUCGUAUCGGCCUCGAAGGCUUCGCACGAGAGUAGCUCGGUGGCGGAAAUUACGAACGCUUGCUUUACGGCGGAAAACACGAUGGUAAAGUGUGAUCCACGGCAUGGCAAAUAUAUGGCCUGCUGUAUGCUGUUCCGGGGCGACAUUGUCCCGAAGGACACGAACGAAGCGGUGGCAGCGAUAAAGACCAAACGGCACAUCAACUUUGUCGACUGGUGUCCUACGGGGUUCAAGAUUGGCAUCAACCAGCAGGCACCAUCGGUGCUGCCGGGCAGUGAGUUGGCCAAACCGAAGCGGGCCGUUUGCAUGCUGUCCAACUCUACUGCCAUCUCGGAGGCGUGGGCCCGGUUGAACCACAAGUACGAUCUGAUGUACCAAAAGCGUGCCUUCGUCCAUUGGUACGUGGGCGAAGGGAUGGAGGAGGGAGAGUUUACCGAGGCGCGGGACGAUCUCGCCUGUCUUGAGCGAGAUUAUGAGGAGGUGGCCGGUGAUACGGUCGCAUCCGGUGAGGAGUUUGACGAUGAUGAGUUUUAGCGAGUGUUGCUGAAAGGAGUAGAAAAAGCAAGAG